CAUCGUCGCCUCCUGGCUCCCACACCUACCCACGCACCUCUGUCUCCAGAGGCUUCGCACCCCCUUCUCGAGCCUUUCGCCCAACCCAUUCCCCAAUCGGACCAAACCCUAGAAGCCAUAGAAUUCGAUCGGAGAUUUGGCAUGGCAAUGUCAGAUCCCCCAGCCGCCGUGAUCCCCAAGCCCGACGGCGGCGACGACGACGAGUCGGUGGAGAUCCGGGAGGUGUGGGCGGACAACCUCGAGGAGGAGUUCGCCCUGAUUCGUGACAUCGUCGACGAGUUCCCUUUCGUCGCGAUGGACACGGAGUUCCCGGGCAUUGUCUGCCGCCCCGUCGGCGCCUUCCGCUCUCCGGCGGACUACAACUACGCCACCCUCAAGGCCAACGUCGACAUGCUCCACCUCAUCCAGCUCGGCCUCACCUUCUCCGGCCCGCGCGGCGAGCUGCCGGCCCUCGGCGCUGGCCGCCGCCGCUGCGUCUGGCAGUUCAACUUCCGCGAGUUCGACGGCGCGCGCGACAUCUUCGCAUCCGACUCCAUCGAGCUGCUCCGUCGCAGCGGCAUCGACUUCCGCCGAAAUGCCGAGCGCGGCGUCGAUGCGCGCCGGUUCGCGGAGCUCCUCAUGUCCUCCGGCGUCGUGCUCAACGAUUCGGUAUACUGGGUUACCUUCCACGCGGGAUACGACUUUGGGUACCUGCUCAAGAUCCUCACUUGCAACAGUCUCCCAGACACGCAAGCCGGGUUCUUCAAACUCAUGAAGAUAUAUUUCCCAACCGUGUACGACAUCAAGCACCUCAUGAAGUUCUGCAACAGCCUGCACGGCGGGCUGAACAAGCUCGCUGAACUGCUCGACGUGGAGCGUGUGGGGGAGUCCCACCAGGCCGGGUCCGAUAGCCUGGUCACGUCCUGCGCGUUCUGGAAGCUCAGGGAUUCAUUCUUCGCUGGCUCAACAGAGAAAUACGCAGGCGUGCUGUAUGGGCUCAAUGCAGAGAAUGGUGUUAGUGCACAUUGAGGGAUGGUACUCUAUUUGAAUUUUAGCUUUGUGAAUGGAUUGAUUUAGGACAGAAAAGGUGACAAGUGUGCAAGAGGGCUCAAUUAAGACCAAUUCUGUAGGUUAAGUCUGUCUCACUCAGUUCCACCUCAUUUGGAUGUAAUCCCAUGUAGUGUUCUUCAGUUGCUUGUUGAAAUAGUUAUUUCUCUUUCAGCUUUUGCUCUCCAUUUUUCCUUUUUCUCCUAGCAAGAUAGUACUACACUAACUGAAAAAUAGUGAAAGAUCACCUUUGAGACUUAAGCCUCUACUUGCAUUGCCACAAUCGCAUUAGUCCAAUUUUGUUUUCUCAUGGGAAUGGGAAAAUAAUCAAUAUGUUGCUCUAUUCCGUUUGGAUUUACAGUCCAAAGGGCCCAGGCCCAGCCAAUAUACCACCCCUUAUAUGAGAAGUUGGUAGUCUUAAAAAUAAUGAUAGUGUAAUAUUACAUUCUAAGCAUUUAUAAAAAUAUAGUAAACUUGAUGACCCUAUGAAUGCAUCUUGAUUGAAAAUUUCUGGUUUCAGUAAUUCUGUAUGCAAGGUGCCUUCUACUUUCAAACACUGUUUUCACAUAGUUUAGUAUUCCAAUAGCAGCCUGGAAAAAUCACACUUGUACACAUCAUUUUGUCCCAUUGUUUGCUAAGACCUAGUAGAAUCUAUUCAUAAAAUAUGACGCUAGCGCCUAGUGCCGCCAAUUGACUAUUGGACUUUCUGUCUCUGUAAAUGUAUCUUUACAUGAGUACUAUGGGAACUGUAGAGUUUGAAAUGUUUGAACUGUAGAGUUUGAAAUGUUUGAAAUGUUCCCUAUAUAUAUUUCUUAUCUUAGAACUAAUCUUUCAAACUAUGUACAGAAGCCCUUAUCAAAAAAAGAAAAAAAAAGAAAAGGAAAAAAAAGAAACCAUGUGCAGAACAUAAGCAUCAGUAGUUUAUAUUCUUCUUGGCCACGUUUCUCCAUGAUACUCUGGUUCAUGAUAAAAAUGCCCUGAGCUAUAGAUUCUGAUGCAAGUUCACUUGUUCUUCAGAAACUCACUUGGAUUGGGACAGUAGAUAUGUGUACUGCAUUUGAUUCAUUUUUUUUACUAAUGGCUGGAUAAUUAGAUCACUUUAAGGAUAAUUUCAUUGCUGGAUGCAUUCCUGCUACUUUGUUUCUUUUUCAUUUCAUAUUAGACUGUCAAUUGCUUUGGUUUUUACAGGCCCUUCUUGUGGAUUGAUUGUUGAGAUGAAUCCUCAUACCCUCUGAUUUCACCUGGUUUGUUAGCAUGUUUAUUACUUUUAUACAUGUGUUUACUUUUACUCAUUGAAAUAGUUGUUUUCCAAUAGAGGAUCUUAUCAUGUGGAGAAAAUAUUCUUCAUGUUCCAAAAAUGUUGCAGAUUCCAGUACAUCGUUUUCUGGGGAGACAACAGGUUCAGCUUAAACUAGCCUGCAUCCAGGCCGGAGUUGGUGGGCUUUAAGGUAUGCCUAUCAGUGUAGCUGUCUUAUGUAUUUUUCUUGAGCGGGAUGCAUUCCGAGUGUUCAUACUAUUAUGCCCGUCAAGACAAGUUAUGCAAAGAGUUCACUGGUUAGGCAGCUAAACUUCAAUGUGCCAGUCUCCUGCAAUCAGCUCAAAGCUGUCCGCAUUCUCACAUCCAUCGUUGAGCAGAGACUCUUCACCAGCUCACCUCAUCAAAGCAUGGAAUGGAUUCCUCGGUGCAGGACUCACAACUCUCCUCUCGCUCUCACUCUUUGGCAAUUACUCAGCUUGUAGGGCACAGUGUGGUCCCUGAAUUAAUGUAAUGUAAUAUGAAAUUGAUAUUAGCGCCAGAUUCAUAAAACCUAUGUACCUCACACCAGGUUAUGAGGAACUUUGAUUGUGUUGGUGGAAGGUAUCCUUCGUGUUAGAAAUAUAGAGUUGUAUAUGUGUUUGUAUUGUGUUUCUUGUAACUCAAGCAUAUACAGCUUAUAUAAUGAAGGUCACUCCCCCUCCUAG